AUGAGUUUCAUCUAUUUGCAGGCACAGCCCGAGAAACCGCAGCACUACACGUACCUGAAGGAGUUCCGCACGGAGCAGUGCCCGCUCUUUGUGCAACACAAAUGCACGCAGCAUCGGCCCUACACCUGCUUCCACUGGCACUUCGUGAACCAGCGCCGCCGCCGGUCCAUCCGCCGUCGGGACGGCACCUUCAACUAUAGCCCCGACGUCUACUGCACCAAGUACGACGAGGCCACGGGCCUCUGCCCGGAGGGCGACGAAUGCCCCUUCCUGCACCGGACCACAGGGGACACUGAGCGCAGGUACCACCUGCGUUACUACAAAACUGGAAUCUGCAUCCACGAGACGGACUCCAAAGGCAACUGCACCAAAAACGGCCUGCACUGCGCUUUUGCCCACGGGCCCCAUGACCUCCGCUCCCCUGUCUACGACAUCAGGGAGCUCCAGGCCAUGGAGGCCUUGCAGAACGGCCAGGCCCCCGUGGAGGGCAGCAUCGAGGGUCAGUCCGCUGGGGCUGCAAGCCACGCCAUGAUAGAGAAGAUCCUCAGUGAAGAGCCGCGCUGGCAAGAGACCGCGUACGUGCUGGGGAACUAUAAGACGGAGCCGUGCAAGAAGCCACCGCGGCUGUGCCGCCAGGGUUAUGCCUGCCCCUACUACCACAACAGCAAGGACCGGCGGCGGAGCCCCCGGAAGCACAAAUACAGGUCGUCUCCAUGUCCAAACGUGAAACACGGGGAUGAGUGGGGAGACCCAGGCAAGUGCGAGAACGGAGACGCCUGCCAGUACUGCCACACCCGCACGGAGCAGCAGUUCCACCCGGAGAUCUAUAAGUCCACCAAGUGCAACGACAUGCAGCAGGCGGGCAGCUGUCCCCGCGGACCUUUCUGCGCCUUCGCCCACGUAGAACAGCCGGCCCUCAGUGAUGAGCUGCAGCCUUCCUCCGCUGUGUCCAGCCCCACGCAGCCGGGUCCCGUCCUGUACAUGCCAUCUGCUGCCGGAGACUCGGUGCCCGUGAGCCCCUCCAGUCCACAUGCCCCUGACCUCAGCACUCUCCUCUGUAGAAACAGCAGCCUGGGCAGCCCGUCUAACCUCUGCGGCUCCCCCCCGGGCUCCGUGAGGAAACCCCCAAACCUGGAGGGCAUUGUCUUCCCUGGGGAGUCCGGCCUGGCCCCUGGCAGCUAUAAGAAGGCUCCUGGCUUCGAGAGGGAAGACCAGGUGGGAGCCGAGUUCCUGAAGAAUUUUAAAUGCCAGGCCAAGUUAAAACCCCACUCCCUAGAGCCCAGAAGUCAAGAGCAGCCUCUGCUUCAGCCCAAACAGGACAUGCUGGGCAUCCUCCCCGUGGGCAGCCCCCUGACCUCAAGCAUCUCUUCUAGUAUCACCUCCAGCCUGGCAGCUACUCCCCCUAGCCCCGCGGGCACCAGCAGCAUCCCUGGCAUGAAUGCAAACGCUCUGCCCUUCUACCCCACCAGUGACACGGUAGAGUCGGUCAUAGAGUCUGCCCUGGAUGACCUGGACCUCAACGAGUUUGGGGUGGCCGCCCUGGAGAAGACUUUCGAUAGCAGCACCGUGCCCCACCCGGGCAUCACCACCAUCGGCGGCAGCUUGCUGCAGAGCUCGGCGCCGGUGAACAUCCCGGGCUCCUUGGGCAGUUCCGCCUCCUUCCACUCAGCAUCCCCGUCCCCUCCCGUCAGCCUCUCCUCACAUUUCCUGCAGCAGCCCCAGGGCCACCUGAGCCAGUCGGAAAACACAUUUCUGGGGACCUCAGCCUCACAUGGAUCUUUGGGUCUGAACGGCAUGAACAGCAGCAUCUGGGAGCACUUUGCCUCUGGCAGCUUCUCCCCGGGUACAUCCCCUGCCUUCCUGUCAGGACCCGGGGCUGCCGAGCUGGCCCGGCUUCGGCAGGAGCUCGAGGAAGCGAACGGUACCAUCAAGCAGUGGGAGGAGUCCUGGAAGCAGGCCAAGCAGGCUUGUGAUGCCUGGAAGAAGGAGGCAGAGGAGGCUGGUGAGCGGGCCAGUGCGGCGGGCGCCGAGUGUGAGUUGGCCCGGGAGCAGCGGGACGCGUUGGAGGUGCAGGUGCAGAAGCUGCGGGAGGAGCUAGAGCGGCUACACUCAGGGCCCGACCCGCAGGCCCUGCCCGCCUUCUCCGACCUGGAGGCCCUCUCGCUCUCCACCCUCUACUCCCUCCAAAAGCAGCUGCGGGCCCGCCUAGAGCAAGUGGACAAGGCCGUGUUCCACAUGCAGUCGGUGAAAUGCCUUAAGUGUCAGGAGCAGAACCGUGCGGUGCUGCCGUGCCAACAAUAUACACAUAUGCCCUUGAAGCCCUCGAGGGUCAAGGCCUGGGAGUUGGACCCCUCAGGUUCCUGA